AUGAGCUAUGAUGAAGACUUCAACUUUGAUCCUUUGAAUGAUGAUUAGUUUUGCUUUGUUUAGGAAGAUUAGUUUCAGAAUGACAUAAUAGAUUAAAACAAUUAAUUAUAGUUUGAAUGUGACUUACUUGGAGAUAUAAAGUAAUUGGAGGAAAUAAAUUUUAGUUGCUAGGAAGAAAUUAACCAUGUUUCUGAAAAUUUGGAUGCAUUAUAGAAAUUGUCGUCUACACAUAAUUUUGUAAUAGAAAACGACUCUAGAUUGUUGAGCAAAAUUUAGUGUUUCAAUAAUUAAUCUAAAGUGGAGGAUUGCACCUUUGAAUCCAGAAGUAGAAGUAGGGAGAUUGAAAGAAAUACUGGAAAAAUGAAAAAAUGGACUCAAGAAGAAAAUGAUAUACUAGCAAAUUUGUAUUAAUAAUUUAAUGGCGAUUGGCAGAGGAUUGUUGAAAGAAUGCCAGGAAGAACUUUGACAUAAUGUAAAUAGUAUUGGUAGAGAAAACAUAAACCUGAAUAAUCAUAGAAAAGCAAAUGGACUCCUGAGGAAGAUUAAAUAAUCAGGGAUAAUGUUAAUACGGAAGAAAAUAAUUGGGCAACAAUAGCAGCAAUUUUAAAAAAUAAAACGGGGAAACAAAUAAGGGAGAGAUAUAUAAACAAGUUAAGGUCAGAUAUUAUCGAUGUAAAGUAAUAGCCAUGGUCUAAGUAGGAAGAUCAAAAAUUAUUGUAGUUGUAUAAUUAACUAGGAUCUAAAUGGUCUUAGAUCGCUCGAUAGUUUCCUGGGAGAUCUGUAAAAACACUUGUUUAAUUUUAGGAUUUAUAAAUCAAAAAUCGAACUCAUAAACUAUUAAAAACUUAAUGUGGCACAUAAGUCCAAAAUGAAUAACUUAAAUUAUAAGUACAGAAUCUAGAGGGUUACCUAGAAUUAGAGAAAACUUGUGAAAAAUCUCAAAAUAAACCUAAGUUUGAAUUUCCAUAAUAUAAUUCUUAUUCAGUCUCUUCUCAAUUCAUUCAAUGA